CACUAUGUCGCGCUCUGCUCUAAUGAGCUGGGUCAGCUGCCUGUUGAAGGUGAAGUACACGGAAGUCGGGGAGAUGGUCACCGGAGUGCCGUACUGCCAGAUGAUGGCACACAUGUUCCCUGGCUGCAUCGAUAUGCGACGCUUGAAGGUGUCUCAGUACCUCGACUCAGAUGAAUGCAUCCACAAUCUGGUAUUGUUGCAGGACGCCUUCAGGCGCUUGGGGAUCGAUAAGGCAGUGCCCAUCGAGAGUAUUGCCAGGAACAGCUUUAAGGCAAGCCUGGAAUUCCUGCAGUGGUUCAAAAAGUUUUACGAUAAAUCAUAUAGCAUUGAAUGGGAGGACCCAAUGGGCGGACAGAUAUUAAGGUAAAUUUUGGUGGGUUUGCAUUCAAAAAAUCGCCAUUUGAAUAGGACACCGACACCGACACCCCAUCAUCCACUGCUCACAGAACAGGCACGUUAGGGACUUGAUUUCUUUUUUAAAUUAAAGUUUAUUGAAUGAAGGGAAAGAUCUAGUGCUAGUGCUCAAAGUUUUUCAAAAUAAUAUGCGCAAAAACACAGCAAAGUUUUAACGAUGAUGGGCAGUGCCUUUCCCCUAAACAAAAGCAUAGAAUGGGAAUAUUAGAGAAGCUAUUGGUGGAAAGAUAGAGACGUGAAUGUCUGUAGAAUGAAUAUAAUGAAAGGUACUUAUUGUCUUUAUUCUGUU